CACAGAAUAUCCGGUACAGAAGCUGCGUUUGUCAUUGAGGAACCGACUCUGCUCCAGAGACCCAGUUACUGAGCAAGUCAUCAAGAGACAGGAAUGGCUGCAGGAAGGAGAGUCCUGGUUGGGAUUUUCUCCAGGGAGAGUGAGGAGUCAUACAAAUGGCUGAUCAACAUCUUAAUCUCCUUCAAAGAAGUCGACGUCCGACCCGUUCUCAUUUCCAACUCCCGUUGUCUUACGGAAGAUAUCGGCAAGUGCGACGUUGCCAUUCUUUAUCACUCCCAGAACAGAGGAAGGAUAAACAUCACAGAUGUCACCGGCUCACUAUAUGAUGAGGAACUCAAGCUUCUGUCUAAGUGGCUUGGGAAAGAGAACAUCAUGGUGGUGGUUGAUGACCUCACAGAAACCAACCAAGAGCUGAAGAACAGGAUCUUACAGCACCAACCAAGCAUUGGGGAGCUGGCCACUGAGCUCUUCCUUUUCAGCGUCAACGAGAAGUCUUCCGAGGCUCUGAUGUCAGAUGAUUUCAGGGAGAACAAAAUGAAAGAGAUGGAGAAUAUAAUCAAGGAAAAGAGAAAGAAGAAAGCCUAUUGGAAACCUCAUGCUGGGAAGCUGUUUGAGUCAGUUGUUGUUGCAGAAGUAAGAGACGACCAGAAUCUCCCCCUUACGGAGGCACCGAAUCUUCCCCAAAAACACAGAGAAGCAGGUCUUCCCUCAGCCCCAGUAAUGGCGUCAAACAGGCAAGUGGUUGGGUUCUUUUCACGUGAUGCUCCAGAGAAAUACGAUUGGCUGAUCAGGUUCCUGCUGAACUUAUCUUGGGUGAGGGACGUCCGACCUGUUGAUAUCACCAAUAAGUCCGGGAAUGUUAGGGACGAGGCUUCCAGGUGCACCUUUGCCAUCCUGUACCAUUCCAUGGGAGGAAGAGGGAUAAAUGCAAAUAGUGAGACAGACCCACUGUACGACAGAGACUUGGAGGGACUGUCUAGCUGUCUAGGGAGAGAUGGAGUCAUUAUGGUGAUUGAUGACCUGGAGGACAGCAGUUUGGAGGCCAAGCACAUUUUCCUGAAGAUGCAGCCCAGUAUUGGGAGAUGGGCCGUAGAGCUCUUCCUCUUCAGCGACCAGGAAAAGACGUAUCAAAGAAGGCUACUGGAAGGCAACAUGAUGGCUCAGAUGGAGACAUUAAUAAAGAACAAAAUAUCCCGUCGUGGUUACUCAGAUAGCACGGGCGGUGCAUUAACACACAGGAGACCAAACCGUCAACCGUCCAUACCAGAACCGUCCAUACCGAAACCGUCCAUACCGAAACCGUCCUUACCGAAACCAUCCAUACCGGGACUGUCCAGUGGAAAUCAGAACAGCUGGACGAUAUACCUCCCCGUGGUGUUCGGCUUUGUACUAGCAGCUCUGGUUGUUAUUUUUAAAUAAUGAGUUUUGGAGAGGAGAACGUGACCCAGGUACUCUCUUCUGGAAUCUCCAGCGUCAACAUUUAAAAUGUCACUUCCACGGCACAGAACAGAACCCUCCUAUAUACAUUUUAUAUUUCUUUCUAAAUCUCUUAAGCUUCAUCCUGUAAAUUCAACACUGAGCCUUGGGGGCACAAUUCCCCAUUGUAACCGAACCAAAUGAAGUCCUGAGGAAGAACCAGUCCCACGGCAGGAGUAGGUAGAAACCCCCUAGCAACCAAUACUCUAGCUUAGCCUGAUUGUGCCCCCAUAGAGCAAAGCCAUUCCUGCUGCUUUAUAUUUAUUAGGGGUCCCUCUGUUCCCUAUAUUGCCAGUUGGUUGCAUGUAAGUUUGUGCCUGAUGCCUGGGGCAAUAAACUGCUUGUUUGAGC